AUGGACAGUGCAUUGGAAUACGAGAAGAAGCAUGUGCACGAAGUGUACGAGGAUAUAGCGAGUCAUUUCUCGUCCACACGAUACAAGCCGUGGCCUGUAGUCGACCAGUUCCUCCGACGUCUGCCCCCUGGGUCUGUCGGUCUUGACGUGGGCUGUGGGAAUGGGAAGAACUUAACUGUAAACAAGGAUGUCUUCAUUAUUGCUUCGGAUCGGUCAAACGCCCUGGUAGAGAUCGCCCACCGCCAUCCACCGCAUAGUGCCAUCGUCGCAGACACCCUUAGCCUUCCGCAUCCAAGUGAUUUGUUCGAUUUCGCAAUCUCCAUCGCGGUUAUACACCACCUAUCUUCCAACGCACGACGGGUUCAGGCUAUCAGAGAAAUCUUGCAGACCUUAAGACCACCUUGCAAAUCUCGUCGAAGGGGCGGAGAAAAAGAAGGGGGAGGCCAGGCAUUGAUAUUCGUUUGGGCAUUGGAGCAGAAAGGCAGCCGACGGGGUUGGGACCGUGGCCACGAGCAGGAUGUGCUCGUACCCUGGGUUCUCAAGCCGGAUGUCGCUUCCAAAUCCAAACCGGAGGUUCAAAUGCCCGAUCCACCCAUCUCAACAACAUACCAUCGAUACUAUCAUCUGUAUCGGGAUGGCGAGCUGCAAGAGGACGCCAUUGCUGCCGGCGCGAGGAUAGUUGAGUCUGGUUAUGAUCGAGAUAACUGGUGGGUCAUCCUCUCCCGACAAGACUGA